AUGGAGUUCGCCGCCUUUGCAGAACAAAUCCGCUCCGGCCGCCCGGCCAAGUUCCCCGCAAAUGCAAAGACUACCGAGUACGCCCAGCAACUCGACGCCCAGGACAAGUUGAGCCACCUCCGUGACGAGUUCAUCAUCCCGACGAAGGGUUCUCUCAAGAAGAAGGCGUUGAACGGUGUUCUUCCCAACAAGCAAGCCGUCAACGGCCACGUCAAUGGAGCCAACGGCGCUCACUCAUCAGAGCAAGAUGAGACUCCCUCAGUGUACUUCUGCGGAAACUCAUUGGGUGUCCCGCCAAAGGCUGUGAAGGAGUACAUCAACGCCCAGUUCGAGACAUGGGCUUCAAUCGGUGUCAACGGCCACUUCGGCGGUCUUGGUAACUCUCCGCUGGUCUGCUGGCAGGACAUGGCCGAGGACGUCGCAAAGAAGAGCGCACCUAUCGUCGGUGCCUUGCCCGAAGAGGUUGUCAUGAUGAACACUUUGACUGCCAACCUGCACUUCCUGAUGGCAAGCUUCUACCGCCCGACAGAGAAGAAGCACAAGAUCAUUCUGGAAUGGAGGCCGUUCCCCAGUGACCACUACGCAAUUGAGUCUCAAAUCCAAUGGCACGGACUGGACCCCGCCAAGUCUAUGGUGCAAAUUCAACCGGACGAGAACUUCUACAUCUCAACCGACUCGAUUCUGAAGACGAUUGACGAGCACGCGGAGGAGACGGCCCUGAUUCUGCUGCCAGGUAUCCAAUACUACAGCGGUCAACUCUUCGAUAUCCCUCGCAUCACCGAAUACGCUCAGUCCAAGGGACUCGUCGUUGGCUGGGAUCUCGCCCACGCGGCUGGUAACGUCGAGCUGCAGCUGCACGACUGGAACGUCGACUUCGCGGCCUGGUGCACAUACAAGUACCAGAACGCCGGACCCGGCGCCAUGGCCGGCGCCUUCGUCCACGAGAGACACGGAAAGGUCGACACGAGCGAGGGCAAGCCCAAGUUCCGCCACAGGCUCACGGGCUGGUACGGAGGCGACAAGUCCGUGAGAUUCAACAUGGACAACAACUUCCUGCCCACCGUCGGCGCCGGCGGUUUCCAGGUUUCGAACCCCUCGGCCCUCGACCUCGCCGCGCUGUCUGGAGCGCUUUCGGUGUUCGAGAAGACGUCGAUGAAGGACUUGAGGACAAAGUCCCUCGUUCUCACGGCGUAUGCUGAGCAUCUUCUUGAUGGUAUUCUGGCGGAUAAUGCUGGAAGCGAACCGCCCUUCAGGGUACUCACACCAAGGAACGCCCACGAGCGUGGUGCUCAACUCAGUGUUUUGUUGAAGGAUGGAUUGUUGGACCGCGUGGUAGACUCGUUCGCCGAAGAGGGUGUUGUGUGCGACAAGAGGAAGCCGGGAGUCAUCCGUGUCGCGCCGGUCCCCCUGUACUGCACAUUCCAAGACGUGUGGAGGUUUAUGGAUGCUCUGAGGAAAGCUAUCGCAUAA